AUGCAACUUUCGCGAGCCAUCGCUGCCGCUGCCGUUGCGGCGGCUUCUUUCUCUUCUGGCGCUCUCGCCGAUGAGCGUGCUGGCGUCGCCUCCGCCACUAAGGCGACUCAGAAGCGCGCUCCCGCUCCCGAGCCGCAGCGGCGCCCUUUCUGGCCACGCCCACCUCAGUGGGAUGAUCGCGACGAUGACGAGCCAGACUGGGAUUGGGGCUUCGGCGGUGAUGACGACGAUGACGACGAGGAUGACUUCGACUGGUCUGAUUGGGCCAGGAGGAAUCGUCGUCCCGCCCAACCCCCUGCCGACGUCGAUCGGCCUGUAGCCGGCUCGGAGGACCCCGAGACGCCCACCCCCACCGAGUCUGCUGCUCCCGAGCCCCCGGCAGAGGAGGAGGAGGAGGAGACGCCUGAGCCUCCUGCAGAGACUGCUGCCCCCGAGGAGCCCGCAGAGGGCGAACCUGAAGAAGGAGAGCCUGAGGAGUCUGAAAACCCCCCCAAUGAUCCCUCGGCCACGGAGUGCGUCCCUGUUGGUGAGGACGAUACUUGGGAUUAUGUCGUCAUUGGCGCCGGUGCUGGUGGUAUCCCCGUUGCUGACCGCCUGAGCGAGGCCGGCCACAAGGUCCUUCUUCUCGAGAAGGGUCCUGUCUCUACCGCUAGGUGGGGUGGCAGCCUGAAGCCCGACUGGCUUGAGGGUGAGGAUCUCACCCGUUUUGACGUCCCCGGUCUCUGCAACCAGAUCUGGCACGAUUCUACUGGUAUUGUGUGCAGCGAUAUGGAUCAGUUCGCUGGAUGUAUCUUGGGUGGAGGUACGGCCAUCAACGCCGGUCUCUGGUGGAGGCCUCAUCCUCUUGACUGGGAUGACAACUUCCCAGAGGGCUGGCACGCCAAGGACGUCGAGGCCGCAACCAACCGCGUGUUCACUCGUAUCCCCGGCACCACCCACCCGUCCAUGGACGGCAUCCUCUACCAAGACGAGGGCUUCAACGUCCUCGCCGACGGUCUCGCCGCCGCCGGCUGGACCCGCCUGGAGAACCCCAACGCCCAGAAUGACAAGAAGAACCACACCUUCGGCCACACCACCUUCAUGUUCUCCAACGGCGAGCGCGGAGGUCCCCUCGCCACCUACCUCGUCACUGCCAGCCGCCGCGACAACUUCCAGCUUUGGACCGACACCUCCGUCAGGCGUCUCGUCCGUGACGGAAGCCGCGUCACCGGCAUCGAGCUCGAGUGCAACGGUGCUACCGGCCACUCUGGUAUUAUCAAGGUUGCCGACUCUGGCCGCGUUGUUCUCUCGGCUGGUACUUUCGGUACCGCCAAGGUCCUCAUGAGGAGCGGUAUUGGCCCUCGUGACCAGCUUCAGGUCGUCCAGAAGUCCGCCCUCGACAAUGAGACUAUGAUUGCUGAGGCCGACUGGCUCGAGCUCCCCGUGGGUGAGAACCUCAUCGACCAUCUCAACACCGACGUCGUCGUUGAGCACCCUAAUGUCUAUCAAUACAACUAUACUGCCGCUUGGGCGACCCCCGAUGAGAGUGACGUUCAGCUGUACCUCCGUGACCGCUCCGGUAUCCUCGCUGCUGCCGCUCCCAACAUCGGCCCUAUGAUCUGGGACGAGAUUGAGGUUAGCGACGGCACUACUCGUCAGCUCCAGUGGACUUGCCGUAUGGAGGGUUCCUUGGACUACUUUGGCAACCACACCAUCACCAUGAGCAUGUACCUCGGCCGUGGUGUCGUCUCUCGUGGCCGCAUGGGUCUCACCCCUGCCUUGACCUCUCGUGUCAUGACGCUUCCUUACCUUAGGGGCGACGAAGGUGAUCGCGAGGCCAUCGUCAAGGCUCUCGACAACAUUCGAAACUCUCUCCAGGAUGUAGAGGGCCUCAACUUCCUCUCGCCGGCUGACAACAUCACGUCUGAUCAAUAUGUCGAGGAUAUGCCCGUCACCGUCAGCCGCCGAUCCAAUCAUUGGAUGGGUACCGCCAAGAUGGGCACGGACGAUGGCCGCAAGGAAGACGGUACCGCCGUCGUCGACACCAACACCAAGGUCUACGGCAUCGACAACCUCUUCGUCGUCGACGCCUCCAUCUUCCCCGGUAUGGUUACCGGCAACCCCUCCGCCAUGAUCGUCAUCGCCGCCGAGCGCGCCGCCGAGAAGAUCCUCGCCCUCCCCGCUGGUGGCGAGGAGGAGGAGACUCCUAGCGAGGAGGAGGAGGAUCCUGUCGAGGAGGAGGAAUCUCCGGCCGACGAAGAGGAACCUCCGGCCGAGGAAGAGGGUGAUGAUGAGUGCAGCGAGUGA